AAAGAAUUUCUUCUGGUAAGGGAGCAGAAAUUUUGAAAUAUAGUAUUUAUUGAAAAAAUUGUUAUUUAUUCGCAGAAAAACUGGCAAAUAGCAAGAUUUUAACACAACAAGGACAUUGACAUUACAAAGGAAAACAAAAUUGAAAUAAAUUCAAAUUACAAUAGUAAUUUUGAUUUUCAAAUAUUUACUAAAAAAACAGGCACGAUGACUGCUCAAUCACCCACACCAAUGUUCAAUGGUAUUGACGACGAUAUUUAUAAUGAAGCGAAAUUUGCCCAUGAAAUAAAUGAUAAAAUGCGUGUACCCAAACGCAUCAAAGCGACUGGUGAAUUUUCUGACGAAGAUUUGUUGUUAUCAAAUCAAAAUGGUUUAAUCAACUCGUGGAAUUAUCACGAUAAAAUCGACAUGAGUGUGCCUGAUCGUAUUGUUGUACUUGGACACAAUGAACAUUUAGAGACACGUUCAACACCGCGUGAAAUACAAUUGGAAAAUUCUAUUCUUCCAAAAAUUCCAAGCGGUUUGGUGCGCGUACAAACUCCACCUCGUGUAAUAACUCUUAACGACCAUCAUUUUCCGUCAGCAUCGGAGGAGAGUUCGCCUCAUAAAGUUCAUCAGGAUGGUGAUUAUGAAGGAACUGAUCUAUAUGAUGACGAGGAUUCACACCCACCAAGAUAUGUACAAGCUAACGGUGUUGGUCAUGCAACUGUUGGAUUUGAAAUACGCGAAUCAAAUUCAGUUGAAUCAGUAUCUCAGUUGACAACCGGUGGCGGUAGCAAACGUUCUCCACAAUCUUACAAUAACAACGAUACGACUAUUAUAAGUCAACGUGAAGGAACUCCAAUGGGCGAAUUAAGUCCACAUGAAGAAAUAUUAUAUUUGCGUAGACAACUCGCUAAGCUAAAUCGGCGUGUGCUUAAUAUUGAAAUAAACAAUGAACAGCGUUUACAGCGUGAAAAAAUUGUUUAUUGCCUUGGCUUGGCAUAUUUCGUUUUAAAAGCGAUAUUUUGGCUAAAUCGUAACUAAACCAUAUAUAUUUAAAAAAUAGUAUAUAUAUGUAUGGUGUAUAUAUAUGCAUUUAUAUACAUAUAUAUGAAUACAUUAAUUAAUUAUAGACUAGUGCGCAAAGGACUGUUAUCGUUACAAUGUUUGGAAUUACAAUUGAAUGGAAAGUCGCGGUAGCUGAUAAAACCAAAUUUUACUUUUUUUUU